AUGGCAUCCGAGUACCUCAAAGACACCGUGGGCGACAUCCUGGCCCGCGGCCUCGCCGCGACGUGCAGGACGGUGCCCAGCGACCCCGUCGAGUACCUCGCCUACUGGCUCCGACAGUAUGCUGACAACGUGCGCGAGAUGUCGCAGUACGAGGGCGAGAAGGCAGCGGACCGCCACGCGAAGGAGAAGCAGGCGGAGGCGGACGCGGAGGCCAAGGCGCGCGAGGCAGCCCGCGCAGCGUCCCUCAACGCGGACCUCGAGCUCCUGGCCAACAUGAACGACAACACGUGGGGCGCCUGGCAGGCUGCCGUCGACGUGAUCACGCGCUUCACGUCCGCGAACUCCGUCUACGUCGCCAACGUCUCCGAGGAGGAGGUGCCCGACCCGGAGCUGCCGCCUGCCGAGGAGCUGCCCCCGGACGUGCCGGAGGACGGCGCGGACGACCCCGACGUGCCCUUCGCCGAGCCCGAGCCCGAGAUCCCCGAGGAGGAGGAAGAGGGCGAGGAGGGCGAGGGCGAGGAGGCCAAGGCGGAGGGCGACGAGGACGGGGAGAAGGAGGAGGGUGACGGGGGCGCGGCUGGGGAGGAGGAGGGCGAGCUGGCCGACGAGGACAUCGAGCUGCCGGGCCCGCGGCCGUUCGACUACUCCAAGGCCUUCCUCGAGUACGUCGUCGCGAGCGCGGGCGAGGACUGGGUCAGCCGCUACAAGGUCAUGCAGCGGCCCAGCGCCCAGGACGCGGAGGCGGCCGCGGCGGAGGGCGAGGCCGCGGGGCAGGACCCGAAGCCCAUGAUGUUCCGCAUGCUCGACGACAAGCUCACGUCGCUGUACCUCCCCGACGUCAUGCUGAAGCGCGACGAGGUGCAGUUCUUCAACAAGUUCCCGCGCGUGGGCGCCUUCCUCGCGCGCUCGCUGCUCUCGCACGAGAACGAGGUCAAGGCGAUCCUCUGCGUCGACACCGUGAAGCCCCCCGGGCACGGCAACCCGCUCAGCGCCGAGGAGCGCGACGUAAUUGAGCGCGCCGCCGCCGCCGUGGAGGCCGCGAUGGUGAGCAUGGCCAAGGAGGCCAAGCGCGCCACGCUCGCGCGCGCGCCGUACGCCGCGCGCGUCGAGCUGCAGGCCAUGCUGCGCGAGCUCGCGGCGCCGACGCCCCCCCCCGAGGAGGAGGAGCCCGAGGAGGAGAAGCCCCCCAAGGGGAAGCCCGCGCCCAAGUCGAAGACGGAGAACGCGGUGGAGAAGGAGGCGUCCGCGGCGGGGUCCGGCGACGCGGAGGAGGAGGAGCCGGACUCGGACGCGGACGUGCCCGAGGAGGCGGACGACACGGAGCCGCCGGUCGUGGAGGAGCCGGCGGCCGCGGAGGCCGAGGGCGGGGAGGGCGCGGGGGAGGGCGAGGGCGGGGAGGAGGGCGACGCGGCGGAGGGCGAGGGCGAGCCGAAGGAGGAGGGCGAGGGCGAGGGCGGGGACGCCGAGGCUGCGCCCGCGGAGGAGCCGCCCGAGGACCCCGCGGCCGUGCAGGCGCGGAAGGAGGCCGAAGUCGACGUGCUGGAGAAGAAGCUGAUGCGGCUGCGGUGGGAGGAGCGGCAGGAGCGGCGGAAGCGCGUCGCGGCGCGCGCGGAGCUCAAGGCGCAGUCGGCGGUGGUGGCCGAGAAGCAAAAGGGCGCGGACAAGCGCAUGCAGCUGCUGCGGCUGGUGCAGGACGCGGUGCGCGGGCAGGAGGCGGCGGCGAUGCGGGACCUGCGCACGCUGUGCCGGUCGCCGCCGACGACCUUCCGCGUGCUGCGCGCGGUGAUGGUGCUGCUGAAGAAGGGGAACAAGGCCUUCAACACGUGGACGAACUUCAAGAAGGGCCUGAGCCAGAACCUGCUCGACGAGAUCGUGGACUACGACCCCGAGGCCUACGCCAAGCUCGAGACGGAGGAGCUGCAGCGCAUCUGGGGCUACAUCAAGGGCCUGAACACGGAGGAGGGGCUCAAGCUGCUCGAGGAGGAGUGUCCGCGCUCGUCGUUCGGGGCCUUCCUGCUGGUCUUCCUGUACCACUGCCGGAAGACGUCGGUCGCGCUGCGCGCGCUGCACGCCGAGGAGGCCGUCGAGCGCGAGAAGGAGGCCGCGAUGGACGCGUGCACCGUGCUGGUCGAGGGCAAGAAGGAGGCGUGUCGCGACAUGGAGGCCGACCUGCAGGCCAAGCGCGACGAGCUCACCGCCGCGAUCGCCGCGGCCGCCGAGGCCAGCGCGCACGGCGCGGAGUAA